AUGGCAGAAGGGUUCAAGUUUAGCAUCGAAGACUUGAAAAAGUUUGUAUUUCUGAACAUCAAUUAUCGUCUGGGCCAUGAUGUCAAGAGCAAGGUUCUACCGAAGCUGGAAGAGAUGGGGGGUUUUGAAGGCGUGCAGAAAGGGCUCAAGACGAACAUGGGAGAUGGAAUCAAGGAAAGUGAAUUGCAGAUGCGUCAGCAAACCUACGGCAAGAAUUAUGUAGAGCCUCCUCCAUUAACUCCUUUCUGGAAAUUUUGUUGGGACGCUUUACAAGACCCUACGUUGCAGUUUCUUUGUUUCUCUGCCAUUGUGUCUCUGACGGUUGGACUUGCUAUCCCAGAGGAGAGGGUUUGUUACGGAUAUGUAGAUGGCGUUGCAAUUUUGGUUGCGGUCGCAGUUGUCGUUCUUGUGGGAGCUAUUCAAGAGAGUGCGAAGGAAAGACAGUUUCGAGACCUGACAGAUUCAGCUUCUGAUGAGCUUGUGAAUGUGAUCCGAGAAGGCAGGCAGAUCAGAGUCUCGACCCGCGAAAUUGUGGUGGGGGAUUGCGUAGUGUUGUCUACAGGAGAUAUUAUUUGUGCUGAUGGUCUAGUGUUUGAGCGAAACACGCUCAAGAUCUUCGAGGGAGCGUUAACUGGCGAAUCUAAUGCGAUCAGCAAAGGAGCUUACGAGUUCCAAGAGAAAGGGAACUUCGAGUUGCCCACCGAUGAGGAUCUUCGAAAAUUCUUCCCGGCCGAUACGACCAUGAGCUUGGAGGAAAUGAAGAACGUCUACGAGCCCACGCCGCAUCGAACCCCGCUUGUGUUCAAGGGAACUCAAGUGCAGGAUGGAGAAGGCAAGAUGCUCGUGAUUGCAGUCGGUCGCAACACCUACGAGCAAAUCCUGUUGGGAGACAAGGGGGAUGACGAUGCAGAAGACGAUGAGUCUGAGCGCAGCAUCAUGCAGAGAAAACUUGAUGAGAUGACCAUUCUGAUCACCAAGUUGGGUGUGAUGUUUGCAACCAAGUCGUGCUGUGCUGAGGUUUGGGACAACAACCGAGAUUGGAUGAAAAUCAUCCAUUACAUCAUCACGGGAAUCACCAUCUUCGUGGUCGCCGUACCUGAAGGCCUUCCCCUUGCUGUCACGAUCGCUCUCGCCUUCUCAGUGAAGAAGAUGAUGAGUGAUCAGAACAUGGUGAAGCACGGCAGUGCCGUCGAGACCAUGGGGUCAGCCACGACCAUCUGCUCCGACAAGACGGGCACCCUCACAACGAGCAUGAUGACCGUCAUGGACUGCUGGAUCGCUGGGAAGCCCGGAAAGCCCGAGGACAUGAAGGGAGGGCUGAGCACAGACUUGAAGGAGCUUCUCUGCGCCGCCAUGACCAUCAACACGUCGGAGAAGACAGACUUAGUGGCGAAGACGACGAGGAAGAAAGGAAGUGACGGCAGGGAGGUGCAGGAAGUUGUCAAGCUUGACGGCAAGACUGUGGUAGCAUACAGUGGCAACGCCACUGAGUGUGCGCUCCUCAAGUUGGUGAACUUCCUCUUCGACUACCGCGGGGAGGUCGGAGCGCUAGACAUGCCCUACAAGAAGUACAGGACCGAGUUCCCCGAGUCCAUGCCUGGCCGCUCCAGCAUCACCUUCUCCUCCAAGCGCAAGCGCAUGUGCACGCUGGUGCCCAUGCCGGCGGGUUCGCCGCAGCCGUUUCGCUUGUACUGCAAGGGAGCGUCGGAGAUCGUGCUGGGGCUGUGCACGACCUUCGCGUCAGGGAGCGAGACGAAGAGCCUGGACGAGAGCACGCGGUCGGACAUCAUGAACGCCAUCGACGACUUCGCUUCGCAAGGGCUCCGAACCCUCGCGGUGGCCUACAAGGAGUUCCCUCAGACUCCCGUCACUGCUGAUGGGAGCCUGCCCGACGACGUGGAGCAGGACCUGACGCUCAUCGCCGUGCUCGGCAUCGAGGAUCCCUUGCGCGACGAAGUUCCGUCGGCCAUCGCAACAUGCAGGAGCGCAGGGAUCGUGAUCAGGAUGGUGACGGGGGACAACUUGAGCACAGCCAAGGCGAUCUCUCGCAAGGCGAACAUCCUGACCAAGGAGGGCGAGGAGUCAGGAACAGAGAUAGCGAUGACAGGAGAGCAGUUCCGACAAGCUGUGCUCUUCGAACAGAACACGGACCAUCCUGAGAAGUUCAUCAACCAGAUAGAGUUCGACAAGAUCUGGCCGAAGCUUCGCGUCCUCGCGCGAUCAACUCCAACAGACAAGCUUGUCCUUGUGACAGGCAUUCAACGCAGCAGGCUUGUGAUCGAUGCCGGCAACGGGAACAAGCAGUCAAGGCAAGUUGUCGCCGUCACUGGGGACGGGACGAACGAUGCUCCGGCGCUGAAGCAGGCUGACGUCGGCUUUGCCAUGUUCAUCAACGGCACUCAGGUAGCACAGCAAGCAGCUGACAUUGUGAUCCUCGACGACAACUUUCAGUCCAUCGUCGCAGCUGUCAAGUGGGGGAGGUGCGUGUACGACAACAUCUGCAAGUUCCUUCAGUUCCAGCUCACCGUCAACAUCGUCGCCUGCGUCCUCGCGACCGUGGGGGCGGCGACGCUGACGGAGAGUCCCAUCUCGGUCAUCCAGCUGCUGUGGGUCAACCUCAUCAUGGACUCCUUCGCUUCCCUCGCCCUCGCCACUGAAGAUCCGAACAAGUCGCCGGGUCUCAAGGAGCAGCUGCUGAAUCGCUUCCCCUACCAUCGCACAGCUCCCAUCCUUUCCAAGGUCAUGGUCAAGAACAUGUUCGCCCACGCCAUCUGGCAGCUCCUCAUCCUCCUCGCGCUCAUCUUCGGGGUCGGGGACAUCUGCCAGAUGGGCUCUGACGUCAACCAGUGCGCGGGAACUCCCGACCUCAACCUUCUCUUCACUUUGCGGAGCGGCAGACCCCCAGCCUUUGACAACGAGUGGCUCGCGUCGAUCAACCCCUCCAUCCAUAACUGUAUCCCUCUCUUCAGCGUCAGCGAUAACAGCUCCUUCAUCAACGUGACCUCGCUGCCUAUCGACUACAACGACUCUGGAGCACCCCCCUUCACCGGGCUGAUCCCCUUGAGAGACAGGGGCUACUGCCUCAAGGAGGAGGGAGGAUGCGGUACCAAAACCCAGCACAUGACCAUGGUUUUCAACACGUUUGUUCUGCUCCAGGUUUUCAACGAAAUAAAUAGCCGCAAGAUCCACAACGAAUUCAACGUGUUCAAAGGCAUUCUCUAUAACAAUAUGUUCCUCGCUGUCGUCAUCGGAACUCUUGGGGUACAGGUCAUCCUCAUUCAAGUGCCCUCCAUCAACUUCGGGUUCGGCUGCGCAGCGCUGGAGGGCUGGCAGUGGGGCGUGUGUCUGGUCCUCGGCUUCUCGUCGAUCCCCAUGAACUUCUUGUUCCACUACAUCCCCUACGACUGGAUCUCCUUGGGCAAGUGGGCGGGGGAGCUGGAAGACUCGGUGAUCGACGAGCAGCUCAACGAGAAGGAGGAAGAGGCCGAGAAGGAGGAGCAUGCGAUGCACAGUGGUCAGCCUGUGCAUACAGUAGCGAACUGA